AUGUCAGUGGGCUCAAAAAUUGGUGGUGUAAUAGGCGAUCUUGUUGGUGGACUCUUUGGCGGCGAUGAUCCGCUGGAUGACCCACGAGAACAAGUGAAACACAUCGAAGAAGAAAUGGCCAAACAACACUAUUGUGUGAUUCAAGAAAUCAAACUCGAAAUUGAUGAAGCGACUGAGAAAAUUCCCGGUCAAUAUCACAAAACAAUCCUUCGAGACAUUACUUGCUUGACUGAUGCAACGAUCAAUGGAUGCAAGAACAGAACUGACUGCUGCCUUGUUGACUUCUAUAUGUCUGUGGCGGCGGACAUUCAAAUUGCAGUAGGAGUCCGACAAGAAAGUGAUUACAUGGAAAUGCUUGAUGGGGUCGAAGAUUUCUCUCUUUUCACAAAUAAUACUUGGAAGCUGUUCAAAAAUUUUGGUUCUCCAUUCUAUGGAAAGUUUAUCUAUAUGGCUCAACAAACAAUCACAAACGAAACGUUACCUGAUGAACUGUCUGAACUUUACGAGGCUUUUAAACUAAAUUUGAUUUUGUACAUCGAAAUGACUGGCAAUGAAUCGAACUCUAAACUCAAACGACUGGAGAAAACACUGACCAUCGCUGGGAACUGCAUUACAUUCCCGGUAGAGUGGACCCACAAGCUGGGAAAUGCCCGACAACAAAUUCAAGUCAAAUACGCAUAUGAGCUGCUUAUUGAAAUGGUGGAAAGAAUCGAUGGACUACAAACUUGUAAUUACAUCAUCUCGAAAAGUUCUUAUGCUUCUCCUGAUCAACCACAUCUCUUACAACAAGCAAAAGCCACUUAUGGAAAAGAAGAUCGAAUGUGGAUUGAUUCGAAAUGUUUUGAAGACACUUGUUGGUCAUUCUAUUUGUUUGAUCUCAUCACAGCUGAGCUGCCUGGAACUGGUGUCUCGCCAAAAGAUCAAAAAAGAUCUUUUGUAUUCAGAAUA